AACACGGAAGCGCUGCGGUCCGGAGCGGCGCCCCCGGCACCGGCAGCGCCAUCGCCGCGAUGUCCUCCGACUUCGAGAGCUACGAGCAGGACUUCGCCGUGCUCACGGCAGAGAUCACGGGCCGCAUCGGGAAGGUGCCGAAGCUGGUAGGAGAUGAGAAGAAGCAGAUGGUUGCAAAUGUUGAGAAACAGCUUGAAGAAGCGAGGGAACUGCUUGAGCAGAUGGAACUUGAAGUUCGAGAGAUCCCGCCUCAAAGCCGAGGGAUGUACAGCAGUCGAAUGAGAAGCUACAAACAAGAAAUGGGAAAACUUGAAGCUGAUUUCAAAAGGUCACGAAUCGCCUACAGUGAUGAGGUGCGGAAUGAGCUCCUAGGGGAUGACGGGAAUUCCUCAGAGAACCAGUUGAUAAAAUUACGUGAAGAGAGGGCACAUCUGCUCGAUAACACAGAGAGGCUGGAAAGGUCAUCUCGGAGACUAGAGGCUGGAUACCAAAUAGCAGUGGAAACCGAGCAGAUUGGACAGGAGAUGCUUGAAAACCUCAGCCAUGACAGAGAAAAGAUCCAGCGUGCUCGGGAAAGGCUUAGAGAAACAGAUGUAAACCUGGGGAAGAGUUCCAGGAUUUUGACGGGAAUGUUGCGAAGGAUCAUCCAAAACCGGAUUUUGAUCGUUGUGCUGGCAGUCAUCAUCAUCUUCACCACCAUGAUGGCUAUUUAUUUUUCUGUCAGGGGACGCUGAUAUCUUUGUUCUUCACUAAACAGCAACAAACUGCUUGUUCUGAGUAAUUAAGACAAAGUGGUCACAUGAAUCAUUCUCUUGCACUGACAGAGUCUCCCUCUCUUUCCCACUCUUCAACUCAGGUGCAAGUGGUGUAAAAUAUUUUGUAUUAUUGAUGGCAUAGUUGAUGGCAUGUGGGACUAUUUUUUUCUUACAUUUUUGUCCUUAUCUGAGUGUUUUCAGGAUUUUAAUAUUUGUUGGAGUGAGGGCUUGUUCUGGUAUAAAAAGACUUAAUGUGUGUCAAAUUCACCCACAGACAAUUAGCCUGUAAGUUGCCAGAGUUUCAUGAGGGGUCUUUGCACUUUUCUUGUGCUGUGCAGGGUGUAUGAAUAUCAAGCAGUAUCUGACCUUCUGUGAUUUAAAAUAUAAGUAAAGCAGAGACCAAAUGAUGUAGAAAGUGAACCUGUCUCCUGUGACUAACUCCCAGUCUUGCAUUAUCGUAGUAGAUGUAACCUGGUUAAGAACAGUAGCUAGUUUUAAAAAGAGAGCAACCUUAGGAUGGUGUUUAAUAUAUGAUGUAAAUCCAAAACUUAAUUUAACAAUGUUUUGUUUAAAGUUGGGCUUUCUUUUCUGCUAAUUCAAAGCAAUUCCACUUUCAUCAAGAUCAUGAAAACACAUUGCUUACCUGAAAUGUAGUUGUGGCUACAGUCCAUCUAUUGAAUCUCUUUUAAAUCUUCCAGUGUUGAUAUAUGUACUGAUAAGCAUUAUACACUAGGCCCUUAAUGAAGAUAUAUAAAGAUACUUAUCUAUGUGUUGCUGAUUGAAAAGAGAUCCUAAGUAUAAUUCAGCAACAAAUGAGUGAUUAUAGUGCAUUAAACAAUCUAGAUUUUUAAUACUGGCCUGACUAUGCUGAGACUGCAUGUUGGAAUAUUUUGAGUGUAUUAAAUUCUGAUGUGAUAUUCCCAUUUUUAAACAGAAACUGUAAAAAUAUUAAUUUAUAUAUGCUUUUAGCUGAUACAAUAUAUCAUAGUUUCAUCUACCUGUGUGUAAAUGAGCUGUUUCUCUUCUCCUAUUGGCUCUGCUUCUCCUUUAGACAGGUUGAGGUCAUUUGGCUUAUAUUUAAACUUGCAACUCCAACAAAGCUCCAUCACUGGGGUUGUGAUAAAGUUCAUAUUUUUAUAUUAAUUUUUAAAUUCCUUUGCAAUCCCUUACAAAUACUGCAAAUGGAGAGGUAUAUUAAGUCCUUGAACUUAAGCCAUAAAAUGUUUCCAAAAGAUGUUCAAAAAACAAAAAUCUGGUGACUUUUAAAUUCCCCUACAUUAAGCAGGAGCUGACCACUGAAUUUUCACGUGUGCCUUAGUACUUUUGGGGUUUUGGCAUCCCUGUGGGCUCUGCCAGUUUGCUGUGCUGUCCCUGGAGGCUGAUUUUGGCCCUGAACAUGUUAUUGUUUUCUCUACAUGGAAACAAAUAACUCAGUUAAAAGGAUGUGGUACUGAUGCCACAGCUAAGACAUAGUAAGAGGGUGAUAAAUGUGGAAUAAAAGGAUCCACAGAAAAAUGCUACUCGUUGAAACAAAUGCAAGAUAUAGGGUCAGCUCUGCUGUCUGAGUUUUACAUGCAGCUCCCAACAAAGUUUAGAAGUGGUUUGUGUGCUGGGUUUCUCUACCAGCUCAUGUCACUAACCAUAGGAUGGUGCUGGAACCAAAGUUCCUGGCUUGUCCAGACCCAGGUUUCAGGAGGUGUUGCUCUGUGCAGCACAGUCACGUUCAGCUCCUCACCUUGAUGGCCCUGCACUGUCACAAGGUCAGGGGACCGCCCCGGCCACCUCCUGGGGCAUCCUCUCCUCUCAUCCUCGCCAGGUGUGUGGCAUUUACCACUGUGGCUCUCAGACACAGAAAGAUUUGGGUGUUCAGCUUCCAGCCUUCAGGUGAGACAAGCACGAAACUGAGCACUUUGGCUUGUGUAAUCAGAGCUCUGGCCGUUGGCUUUGAGUGAUGGCACAGAGCUGAGUUCAGACAAAUUAGGAUGAAGCCUGGCAGCAUUAGCAGAUAUUUAUCCUCAGCUCGGCAAAUUAGGAGAUGCAUAUUUUGUAAAGCAGAAAACUGUCAAGAAGGAAAUCUUAAGCUCUGUCUGUUGCCUAGACAUUCUCCGCAUUGCCUCAAUAAUUUAACUAUCAUGGGAAUUGAUUCAUGACUACUGAUCUUAACAGUGACCUAUGACUAGGUUUUGCCCUCUAUCUAGCCACCUGCUGGAAUCAGCAAAAAGCUGAAAGGAAGCCAGUUUUCCUUAUCCCAGUAUAAAUCUAGGGCAUAGUGUCACAUCAGAUACAUCCACUCAGAUAGGAAUGAGGGAGAGAGAGAGACUGCCACGCAAAGCCUUCAUCUUCACUUUUGAUGAGCCCGCCAUCGCUAUGUUUCUCAUGCUAACCUGUUAAUAACUCUUCUGUGCCUGCUUUGCAUCCUCGUGUACUCCCCACAUGUAAAAUAGUGCUCAGGUGGACAUUGCCCUCUUCAAAACACAUUAUUACUCCUCUCUCAUCCCUGUUCAUCUGGCCUGGGAAGUGUGCGGGUGAGAUUCACCAAAUCAAAUUCACAUUUUGGUGGGGAUUGAGUGACUUCAGCUGAGAGCACAGCCCCAACCACCUACAGGUAGGGUGACAUCCCCAAGCCCAGGCUUCCCCUGGACUAGUUGGGUCACAUUUACAGCACGUCUGUGUGAAUGAAUCCAAGUGCUUACAAAUGUAAACCUCAAAGAGCAAAGUGUUUCUAAUGUUGCCGGCCUUUGUGGAGAAAAGACAAAUUAAAAAACUCACGCGUGGUGCUGUGUGCAAAAUCCAUCCCUGCUAAACAGCUGGGCUCACAGAAUAAAUAAACUAAUUCUGCACUGAUACAAAAUCAAAAGCAAUUUAAUUAAAGACUCUUAAGUUUUAAAGGGUUUUAAAUGCUAUACGUUUUGGGGAAAUAUCAGAAAAUGUAGCUUGACUGACGUCAGUUCCCAUCUCUGGGAUGGGAGGCCAUUUGCUAUUCUGUUUAAGGCAGGCUGGAUUGUCUUAUUUUGGAGCCAGCUUGGUGGGGGGUUUUCUUUGCUGCUGCUUCAGAGCUCUGAGCUUCAAAGGCUGAAAUUAAUGGUGAACAAAAUUGUGCGGCUCUGACCAUCCCAUGCGGGGCAAACCCAUCGAGGGUUAUCAUUAAGUAAAGAAAUAAAGAAAAAAAAACCCUGCCAGUUCCAAGAAAACCUCAUCAGAUAAUGACCUCUGUGAUUGGGUUUUCAUUACCAAACAGCAUCCAGAGAUUGUCUGCCCCAUAGAAAAAAAAAAAAAAAAAAAAGAAAAGAAAAAGAAAG